AUGUAUAAUAAUUUUGGAGAUGAGUAAUACAAACUUAAUAAAUGGUGUCAAUUCAUCGAUCAAAAAAUUGCACAGUUUUUCAGCAAACACCUUUAAAAGCACAACUCAAUCAAGGACUACUAUUAUGACUUUAUGAAUGCUCUAUCAAUAAUAAUAAUUAGAUUCACCUUAAAAACUAAUGAUAAUAGAUUACCUACCUUUUGUCUUAUUUUAGUGAUUAUGCAUUUGCUAUUAACCAUUAAACAGAAACUCCGUAAGGUUUAGAAUUUACUCAAUCAUCUUAUAGAUGUAUUUGUUUUGAUUUCUAUCUUAAACUUUAGUAGAGAAAAUGACAAUGAAUUCAUAAUAAGACUUGCUCUUCAGAUUGGGAUUCAGACUUCAAAAUCUAUGAUAUUUUAAUAUGAUUAGUUUAGUAUGGUUUUUUAGAAUAUCAUCAAAAUUUCAUCAAUAACAAUCAUUAAAUGGUAUUUAAUCAAAGAUUAUAAGUAUGAAUCUAAUUGUAUUUUAGUACUUUUAAAAUAAUAGUAUUGCUGGCUCUCUUGAUAUUUUAUUAAAUAAUAUAACUCCUAAUAGUUACGGCAUACUCCUACGCAUAUAAAAAUAUCUGGAUCAACAAUGAGAGAAUGAAGAAGAAUAAUCAAAUGAUUGAAAAACUGCUUUUUGAAUUACCAGUAGGAAUCAUAUUGUUCAAUUCAAAUGGAGAAGCACAAUUUCAAAACUCAAUAUCAUAUAAAUAUCUGCCAAAAUCAGUUGAUUUAGUGGCCAAACAGUAUGCAUCCGAUGGAGUGUAAACAUAUAAGGACUUAAUUUUGAUGGAAGGAGACAAGGAGAAGUUCCAGAAGGUUUUUGUGGAAACAUUGGAAUCAACAGAUCCAAUAAUAGUGUCCUUCGCAUUUUAAGGCCAUCCUAUGCCCAUCAGUUGUCAUUUGAGAAAGUAGGUUUUCAACAAGAAUUCAGUUGUGGAGGCAAUUUUCAUAGAGAAAUCUGAUGAUUAAUCUCUGAUUUAUGAAAGGAUAUCACAGAGCUUAUAAAUCUUGAAGAUCCAAUAGAUCUCUGAGAUUCUGUCUAAAUAACCAGAAGGAAUCAAGUAGCAAUUAUUGUAGGCUUUAUUUCCGAUGCUGAGCAAAACAGAUUAUCAGAAGUCUGAUUUGAUUGUAUGCAAUUUGAAGAAUUACUUUAAAUUUUUUGCCGAUUGUCUGUAGAUCAUCUACAAAACAAAUCCUAAUGUGAGAAUAGAGAACGAUGUUCCUGAUUAAGCUUUUAUUGACAUAGUAAAGAUGCAUGGCAUUUUAACAUAAUUGAUAUCUUAUAUCUAUUAGGAGCAUCAUAGGAAGUAGGCGAUGCAAGGAAUUUCAUCCUAAAGGUAAUUAAUCCAAUAGAGUGAUAGAUAAAUUCAAAGAGACAUGAACAAUUUCUCGUUAAUUUCUUUCACUAUUUCAAAAGGGGAAGAAUUAUAAAUAACAAUCCAAAUCGAUUAUCACAAUUAAAUUCAGGAAUUAGAAAUGUUAUUUCAGAGAUUCGACUUUGAAGCAUUAAAAAGUUAUGACUUUAGAUUGUAAUCUUUAUAAGAUGAAGAUUUAUCAUACACGUCUUUUGUUCAUAUUUUGCAUUAGAUUUAUUAAAUGGAAGGUCGAAUAGAACUGUGUGAAAGAUUGGAUAAUAUAAAGAUUCAAGUGAAUAUUCCAAUGAGAGUCACAACUGAAUAUCAAUCGGUUCUUUUAGAUCAUUAUAUUAGUAUGGGUAAGUUGGAUACCCAAUCCAAAAUCUAUUCAAUAAAUAGCGAAUUAUUCUAGGCCUUCAGAAUAAAAUCUACAAAAAAGAUUACCUCAACUCAAAGAAUAGCACCUUAGCCAGCUCCUAGGCUAAAUGAGGAAGCAGUAAAGGUUUAAACAUCAUUAAGUGAAUAAAAGCCAUUUUAAAUUUGUAAAUGUUUUGAAUUUACUUAUCGUCCAAAUGUUGUAAGUGAAGAGGAGAAAUUGGAAUCCAAUAAAAUUAUUAGUCCCAACUUAUCCCCCAUUAACAAACCGUCUACUUUGAAGUAAGCAGAUGUUGCUACAUUUGAUAUCGAGGAUAGAAUCAAUACGCAAAUGCAUUCAGUAGAAAAGGCAGUUUCUAAGGUGUUGGAGCAAGUGUUAUCUGAAAUUAUGACAUUUAAAGGAAAAAGAAUCAAUGUUCAUUUUAGAAAUUCUAAACAAAAACAGAAGUCAUUUGAAACAUCUCCCAGCAGUAACCAAUUCAUUUCUAUAUUUUAGAUUCCUCAGCUUAACAACAAUAGAACUAAAGAAAUACUAGUGUGCCAAAUUUAUAAUAGUUUCGGACUACCAUUCCUGAACAAAGAGAGAACAAUGUUAAUCAACAAUAAAUGCAAUAAUUAUAACAAUUCCCCAAUUAAUCCUUGUUCAAAUAAAAUGCUAUUCAAUAAGUACCCCUCUAAUCAUCACAGAAUUUUGGAAGCGCAUCCACAUCUUCUCAUUAAUAAUAGUAAUUGAACUCAGUCCAACAACCUAAAAGGAAUUAAGGGACUCAAUUAUUGAGAUCUCUUAGAGAAAACGAUUCCAAAGUAUAGCAUCUAGAAUAGAGUGAUCAAUUUAAUCAAAUUAAGCCAGAUGAGAACAACGAUGAUCUUAAAAAUUCUGUUAAGUUCAUUCCUUCUACAUAAGAAGACCCUUAAAUUUAAAAAUCUUAGCAUUCUUAGACUUCUCUCGGAGUGAUUAUUCAACCUAUGUAAUCGUAGGGAUCCGAGAGAUCACCUUGCUUCAAAGUCUAAAAACAAGUCACCAUCAAUGAAAUUGAAGGCUAAUCAGAGGAAAUCAAACAGUAAGAAACUGUAGAUCUGAAGUAAUUCUAUUAGGAAAAGCUAACUUAUUUGGUAGUAGAUGAUUCGACAGAUUUCUUAGAUUUCAAAAUUAAAUAGACUCAUUAAUUCGAUCAAAGCAUAAGAUGCACAGAUGCAACCAAAAAGAUUAAGUCAUUAUUUGAGUAAAAUAAGAUCUAUCAUUUCAUUAUUGUAAGGAUUAACCUCCCAUUAAAGAAUGGCAUAUAGGUAUUAUUCUAUACCAAUAAUUUAAGUUUAUUAAAGAAAUUAGAUAGCUAGAAAAUCAACACAAUUUACCCAAAUAAUACUUUGUUGGUAUAGAAACCAAUAUAUCAUAAACUCUUAGACAAUCUUGUUUAGAAGCUGGCUUUGAUGAAGUUUAAGAAAAACCAUUAAAGUCAUAAUACUUAGAAUAGUUGAUUGAAAAUCGCUUGAAUCCUUCUCCUGUAGUUAUUUGGAAGCCCAUUCUGAAAAGCCCAAACAGGGAACAACAAGAGAAAAUAAAUUAAGUUCACAAAGAUCUAGACUAAUUUUAAUUGCCUCAAAAGAUUUCUUCUUUCAAAGCCAUACCAGUUCCCUAGAAACAACCAUAAGAUAGAAAAGCCUUCUAUUAUCCAAUUGUCACUAUUUAUAUAUUAGAUGAUUCCAGUGUGUAAAUCAGUGCUUUGUCAUCCAUGAAAUUUAGUUUCAAAACUAAAGUUGAUUUUGAUAGAAAUGUAGAUGCUGGAAUCAAAAAAUUUGAUAAAGUAUUUGAAGAAAAAAAAAUAUUUCAUGUUGUGUUACUUAAAAUGAAUUUCUCAUAAAAAAAAGGGAUAGAGGUAUAUAUUUGAAUUCAUUAGUUAUUAUAACAAAUAAGGCAAAUGGAGGAGAAAUAUUUAGUUCCCAAAUAAUAUAUAGUGGCUAUAGAUAGUGACUUUACUGAAGAUUAAAAGUAGGACCUAAUAAAACAGGGAUUUGAUAAUGCUUUAUCCAAACUUAUUGAUAAGAGAUUGCUAGAGGAAAUACUAAAUUAAAGGCUAGAAGAUAAUUGA